AUGGGGCCCGAGGGGCUCGAGACGUCUGAAAUCCCAAAUCAACCCGAGAAGAAAUCUCGUCGACGUGGGGCUGAACUCGAUCCCUUCCUUCGCACCCGGCUCUGUGUGCUCAGAACCACGGCCAAAUGGACAUACAGACAGAUCCAUGAUGAAUUUCCACAUAUUCCCCUCUCGACCAUUAAAUCAACCAUUCUCCAAGAGAGCAAUCGGGUCAAUAACCACUCCCAAGCCCGCUCUGGCCGACCGUCGAAGCUGAAAGACGAAGAUCGAGCCCGAAUCCGCGAGGCUUUCCAGGCGAAUCCUCAUAUUACGUACGACGCACUGCGUGUGGUGGUUGAUUAUAAAGUUGGCAAAGAGUCCCUUCGUCGAUUCGUGAAUGAUGAUGGGCUGAGGAAGACACAGACGCCUGGUCGGUCUUCUUUGGCUGGGAGAGGAGCUAACAAACAAGUUGAUCGGGCUCCAUCCGGUCAGUCCGACGACACACCUCCCGCUGGUUCGGCUGGUGAUUUUGGGCCUGGUCUCAUCCCCCCCGAGUCAGAUCCUAUAUCUACUAGAGCUAGUCAAAUCGUCAACGAUUAG